GGAAAGCCAACAUCAAAAUUAAAAAGCGUCGAGGGGACAAGUAAGGGCGCAAUUAGGAGAAGGGCAGUUCGGUCCCAUCAAAUAAGGCGGCCACCACAGUGGCCCGUACAUUUCUACACGGCGACACAGAUCUCCCCCUAUCCCUCAUCAGUUACUCACAAUUUAGUUUCUCUCUCUUUUUUUCUUUCCCUUUCUCUAUCUUCCUGUGCCGGGCCGAACCGUUCCGGCACUAUGGGAGUCCCAGCGUUUUAUCGGUGGCUCGCUGACCGGUAUCCCCUCUCCAUCUCCGACGUCGUUGAGGAAGAGGUCCCGGCCGCCUCCGAAGGCGGCGCACCUCCGUUCUUUGUUGAUAUCUCAAAACCUAAUCCCAAUGGCAUGGAGUUCGACAACAUGUACCUCGACAUGAACGGCAUCAUCCAUCCUUGUUUUCACCCCGAUGGAAAGCCAGCACCUGCUACCUAUAACGAUGUGUUCAAAUCAAUAUUUGAUUACAUCGACCAUCUCGUUUCGUUGGUUCGUCCAAGGAAGCUGCUCUAUCUUGCAAUUGAUGGAGUUGCACCUAGAGCCAAAAUGAAUCAGCAACGUUCUCGGCGCUUCCGAGCUGCAAAAGAUGCAGCUGAGGCUGAAGCUGAAGAGGAAAUGCUGAGGAAAGAAUUUGAGGGUGAGUUGGAACUUUUGCCUUCUAAAGACAAGCCUGAGACUUCUGACUCAAAUGUCAUCACCCCUGGCACUCCAUUUAUGGCGGUGCUGUCGCUGGCUCUUCAGUAUUAUGUACAAACUAGAUUGAACUACAACCCUGGCUGGCAGAAUAUAAAGGUUAUACUUUCUGACUCAAAUGUCCCUGGCGAAGGAGAACAUAAAAUAAUGGAAUAUAUCCGAUCACAACGUAACCUUCCCGGUUUUAACCCAAAUACUCGGCAUUGUUUGUAUGGGUUGGAUGCUGAUUUGAUUAUGCUUUCGUUGGCUACACAUGAGGUUCACUUCUCGAUAUUGAGGGAGGUAAUUACUUUCCCCGGACAACAAGAGAAGUGUUAUCAGUGUGGUCAAGUUGGCCAUCUUGCAGCUGACUGUCGUGGUAAACCAGGUGAAAAACCUGAGGACUGGAAUCCUGUUGAUGAUACCCCCAUUCACAAGAAGAAAUAUCAGUUUCUUAACAUUUGGGUACUGCGGGAAUAUCUGCAAUAUGAAUUGGACAUACCCAAUCCUCCUUUCGUGAUUGACUUUGAGCACAUAGUGGAUGAUUUUGUAUUCCUAUGUUUCUUUGUUGGCAAUGAUUUUCUUCCACAUAUGCCAACAUUAGAGAUUCGGGAGGGUGCUUUGAAUUUAUUGAUGCAUAUUUAUAGAAAGGAAUUCACUGCGAUUGGUGGUUAUCUUACUGAUGCGGGUGAGGUUUUCUUAGACAGAGUGGAACAUUUUAUCCAAUCUCUUGCUGUUCACGAAGAUCAAAUAUUUCAGAAACGAGUUCGAAUUCAGCAGGCUUCAGAAAUAAAUGAAGAGAUGAGAGCAAGGGCAAGAGGAGAAAUGCCAGAAGAGCCACGUGCCUCUGUUGUGGAUAAGGUUAAGUUAGGGGAACCUGGAUACAAGGAAAGGUAUUAUGCUGAAAAAUUUGGUGUAUCAGAUCCUGAGGAGAUUGAGAAAACUAGGAAAGAUACGGUCUUGAAAUACGUGGAAGGCCUUUGUUGGGUUUGUCGAUAUUACUAUCAAGGUGUCUGUUCUUGGCAAUGGUACUACCCAUACCAUUAUGCUCCUUUUGCUUCAGAUCUUAAAGAUCUAAAUGAUCUAGAAAUAACUUUUUUCAUGGGGGAACCAUUUAAACCUUUUGAUCAGCUCAUGGGGACCCUACCAGCUUCAAGCUCAAGUGCUUUGCCUGAAAAGUAUAGGGAUUUGAUGAGUGAUCCAACAUCACCUAUUUUUGAAUUUUAUCCUGCUGAUUUUGAGAUUGAUAUGAAUGGCAAAAAAUUUGCUUGGCAGGGUGUUGCCAAGUUGCCAUUCAUUGAUGAGAAGAAAUUGCUUGAUGCCACAAGGAAGCUUGAAGGGACAUUAACGGGGGAGGAACAACUCCGUAAUAGCAAGAUGUAUGAUUUGCUUUAUGUCAGCUUUGCCCAUGAUUUGGCUCCACAUAUCGUACUGUACUACCAAUAUAAUAGUAAUCUACCUAUUCAUGAAAGACCUGCUUGGCCAAUUGACCCAAAUGCUAGUGGUGGAAUGAAUGGGUUUCUCUGGCUAUGCGACAGAAAUGUGUUCAGAUCCAGUGUAUUAUCCCCCAUUGAAGGAUUGCAGGAUAUUGAUCAUAACCAAGUUUUGAAUAUUACAUAUUUUAAUCCUCGUAAACAUAGUCAUAUCCCAGAACCUCCAGCUGGUGUAGUAAUGCCCAAAAAGAUAUUAAAAGCCAUUGAUAUUAAACCUUUUCCUGUGCUAUGGCAUGAAGAUAAUGGUGGUCGACGACAGUUUGGUAGAGAAAGGCCACACGUACCUGGAGCAAUAGCUGGCCCUCAACUAGGAGAAGCAGCACAUCGUCUUGUCAAGAACUCCCUUAAUAUAAAAUCAAACAAUACGUCUCAUGGAUUUUCAGAGCAACUUCCAGGGUAUAAUACAAUGAACAGGCUCAGACCAGCUGGGCCCUCUGGUUCUGGAAAAUAUUAUGGUGAGGAUACAAGUGGUUAUUAUGGACACUAUCCUAAUCAGCAUGGCAUGAUAAAUAGGCCGAGAUAUCCAAUCUCUUCUAAUGGGGGACCAAGUGACAGACAGAACUUUAGGAUGCAGCAUCAUGAACAUCAGUUCCACAAUGUGAGAACAGGGUUUUCUGCUUUGACAAUGGAGGAUGGCAUGAGACCUCGGUUAUCUGCUCCAAAGACGCCUGCGAUGAUGUUUUUGAGGCCUCCAAACACGGGAUCAGCAAACAAUAUGCAACAACAAUUUGUGCAGAACAUAGGUCCUCCGAUACCACCUCCAAAGUGGAUUACCAAAGGACCAGAUACAAAUGGAGUAUAUGCCAGACAUCAAGAAGUUGGGUUUGGGGGAUCUUAUGACAAACAGAUGAAGAAGGUUUACCAAAUCAGAACACGUCAAACCCAGGAUAUGCCAGAGUAUGGGAACAGAUAGUCGUUAUUGGAUUUUAUUUGCCUUGUAUCUGAAGUGCCCUUCCUCGGUUGGAGCUCAUCCAAGUUCAACGAUCAAGUUCGUGGGGAGGGGGUAAGGGCAUUUAUUUGAUACCCUGGUUCAAUCGCCAUAUGCUGAUGAGAGCUUUGAUUAGACUUAUCUGAAUGAAGGUGCUGAUGUGUGUCUGGCUUCAUUACACAGAAGCUCAUCCUUAAUAGUUGUUAUCCAGGCCAUGCCAAUCGGCAAGGUGCUUGGGCUGUAAGACGUCUUCAGGAUUAUAUGAACUCGAGAAUCAGUAUUUUAAGCACAAUUUGAAGGACGGAGUCAGGAACUGCUGAUUGAUGUCCAUGGCAUCAGCCGGGGUAGAUUUGUUGUGUAUGUAAAAUCCUGCUGGGCUCAGCAGUACUUUUAACCUGUACGCACCUGGUGUAAAAUAGUUAAAUCAUUUUUAUUUAUUAAUUCUGCAUCGUAGAGAGUGAGAAAAAGGUCAAUAGUGCAAUUUAAAUUAGUUACUUCUAUGAUGAUAUCAUUAAAUAUAGAAUAUGUAAAAAAAUGAACUCCUUAUGAUGGAUAUCUGGUAUGCAAAAAACAUUUUGUUCUUUAAA